GUCGAUCGCGAAGAUGGCUGCUGGCUGCCUGCUGGCCUUGACUCUGACACUUUUCCAAUCUUUGCUGCUCGGUCCCUCGUCGGAAGAGCCGUUCCCUUCGGCCGUCACUAUCAAGUCAUGGGUGGAUAAGAUGCAAGAGGACCUUGUCACACUGGCAAAAACAGCAAGUGGAGUCAAUCAGCUUGUUGAUAUUUAUGAGAAAUACCAAGAUUUGUAUACCGUGGAACCAAAUAAUGCACGCCAGCUGGUGGAAAUUGCAGCCAGAGAUAUUGAGAAACUUCUAAGCAACAGAUCUAAAGCUCUGGUGCGCCUGGCUUUGGAAGCAGAGAAAGUUCAAGCAGCCCACCAAUGGAGGGAAGAUUUUGCAAGCAAUGAAGUUGUUUACUACAAUGCAAAGGAUGAUCUUGAUCCUGAAAAAAAUGACAGCGAGCCAGGCAGCCAGAGGAUAAAACCCGUGUUUAUUGAGGAUGCGAAUUUUGGGCGACAAAUAUCCUAUCAGCAUGCGGCAGUCCAUAUUCCCACCGACAUCUAUGAGGGCUGUAAGUCUUCUCCAUGGGUUGAUAACAGUAGAACUCCAAAUAAGAUUGACCUUUAUGACGUACGCAGAAGACCAUGGUACAUCCAAGGAGCUGCAUCUCCUAAAGACAUGCUUAUUCUGGUUGAUGUGAGUGGAAGUGUUAGUGGAUUGACACUUAAACUGAUCCGAACAUCUGUCUCUGAAAUGCUGGAAACCCUCUCAGAUGACGACUUUGUGAAUGUAGCUUCAUUUAACAGCAAUGCCCAGGAUGUAAGCUGUUUUCGGCACCUAGUCCAAGCAAAUGUAAGAAAUAAGAAAGUGCUGAAAGACGCAGUGAAUAAUAUCUCCGCAAAAGGAAUCACAGACUAUAAGAAGGGCUUUAGUUUUGCUUUCGAACAGCUGCUUAAUUAUAAUGUUUCCAGAGCCAACUGCAAUAAGAUUAUCAUGUUGUUCACGGAUGGAGGAGAAGAGAGAGCACAGGAGAUAUUUGCAAAAUAUAACAAAGACAAAAAAGUACGUGUAUUCACAUUUUCAGUUGGUCAACAUAAUUAUGACAGGGGACCUAUUCAGUGGAUGGCCUGCGAAAAUAAAGGUUACUAUUAUGAAAUUCCUUCCAUUGGAGCAAUAAGAAUCAACACUCAGGAAUAUUUGGAUGUUCUGGGAAGACCAAUGGUUUUAGCAGGAGACAAAGCUAAGCAAGUCCAGUGGACUAAUGUGUACCUGGAUGCGCUGGAACUGGGACUUGUCAUUACUGGAACUCUUCCGGUCUUCAACAUAACUGGCCAAGUGGAAAAUAAGACAAACUUAAAGAACCAGUUAAUUCUUGGUGUGAUGGGAGUUGAUGUGUCGUUGGAAGAUAUUAAAAGACUAACACCACGUUUUACACUGUGCCCCAAUGGCUAUUAUUUUGCAAUUGAUCCUAAUGGUUAUGUUUUAUUACAUCCAAAUCUUCAGCCAAAGCCUAUUGGUGUAGGUAUACCAACAAUAAAUUUAAGAAAAAGGAGACCCAAUGUUCAGAACCCCAAAUCUCAGGAGCCAGUAACUUUGGAUUUCCUUGAUGCAGAGUUAGAAAAUGAUAUUAAAGUGGAGAUUCGAAAUAAAAUGAUAGAUGGUGAAAGUGGAGAAAAAACAUUCAGAACCCUGGUUAAAUCUCAAGAUGAGAGAUAUAUUGACAAAGGUAACAGGACAUACACAUGGACUCCCGUCAAUGGCACAGAUUACAGUUUGGCCUUGGUAUUACCAACCUACAGUUUUUACUAUAUAAAAGCCAAAAUAGAAGAGACAAUAACUCAGGCCAGAUAUUCAGAAACACUGAAGCCCGAUAAUUUUGAAGAAUCUGGUUAUACCUUCAUAGCACCAAGAGAUUACUGCAGUGACCUUAAAAUAUCAGAUAAUAACACAGAAUUUCUUUUAAAUUUCAAUGAGUUUAUUGACAGAAAAACUCCAAACAACCCAUCAUGUAACACGGAUUUGAUUAAUAGAGUUUUGCUGGAUGCAGGCUUUACAAAUGAACUUGUCCAAAAUUACUGGAGUAAGCAGAAAAACAUCAAGGGAGUGAAAACGCGGUUUGUUGUGACCGAUGGUGGGAUUACCAGAGUUUAUCCCAAAGAGGCUGGAGAAAAUUGGCAGGAAAACCCAGAAACAUAUGAGGACAGCUUCUAUAAAAGGAGUCUUGAUAAUGAUAACUAUAUUUUCACUGCUCCCUACUUUAACAAAAGUGGACCUGGUGCUUAUGAAUCAGGCAUUAUGGUAAGCAAAGCUGUAGAAAUAUAUAUCCAAGGAAAACUGCUUAAACCUGCAGUUGUUGGAAUUAAAAUUGAUGUAAAUUCCUGGAUAGAGAAUUUCACCAAAACAUCAAUCAGGGAUCCGUGUGCUGGUCCAGUGUGUGACUGCAAAAGAAACAGUGAUGUAAUGGAUUGUGUAAUUCUAGAUGAUGGUGGAUUUCUUUUAAUGGCAAAUCAUGAUGAUUAUACUAAUCAGAUUGGAAGAUUUUUUGGAGAGAUUGAUCCAAGUUUGAUGAGACACCUGGUUAAUAUAUCGGUUUAUGCUUUUAAUAAAUCUUACGAUUAUCAGUCAGUGUGUGAGCCUGGAGCUGCACCAAAGCAAGGAGCAGGUCUUCGCUCAGCAUUCGUGCCGUCAAUAGCAGACAUAUUACACAUUGGCUGGUGGGCCACUGCUGCGGCCUGGUCUAUUCUACAGCAGUUUCUCUUGAGUUUGACCUUUCCACGACUUCUUGAGGCAGUUGAGAUGGAAGAUGAUGAUUUUACGGCCUCUCUGUCAAAACAGAGUUGCAUUACUGAACAAACCCAGUAUUUCUUCGAUAACGAUAGUAAAUCAUUCAGUGGGGUACUAGACUGUGGAAACUGUUCCAGGAUCUUUCAUGUAGAAAAACUUAUGAACACCAACUUAAUAUUCAUAAUGGUUGAGAGCAAAGGGACUUGUCCCUGUGACACACGACUGCUCAUACAAGCAGAGCAGACUUCUGAUGGUCCAGAUCCUUGUGAUAUGGUUAAGCAACCCAGAUACCGAAAAGGGCCUGAUGUCUGCUUUGAUAACAAUGUCUUGGAGGAUUAUACCGACUGUGGUGGCGUUUCUGGACUAAAUCCCUCUCUUUGGUCCAUCAUCGGAAUCCAGUUUGUACUACUUUGGCUUUUAUCUGGCAGCAGACACUGACAGUUAUCACCUUCUAAAAUCAAAUCUGCAUAAUUAAAAUUCCAGACCCUGCCAAAACAUGAGCCCUCAGUUGCAUUAAAAUAGGGUCAGCCAUGGAAUCAGCAGUACAGUAGCUGGGCCCUCACCAUGGCAUAAAUCUGAGGCGCAGGCUCAUAAGGCACCCACUGGCUGCAUGUCAGGGUGUCAGAUCCUUUAACGUGUUAAUGCUGCAUCAUCUACGUAUAACAUCAAAGCAAAACUCUACACAUGCUCUGUGGGAAAGUCUGAGCUUGUUGCACUGUUGGUGAUGACACGUAAAAGGGCUCCCCACACAGUUGUUGAUGAAUCAUAAACAUUGUCUUGACUUUGACCUGGAAUUUUGACUUGCUGCAAUCCUUGUUAUUUUGCCCCAAGAAAGUCUCUUAAGGGAAAAAAGUUAUUUUUACCUUCACUUAUUCUCCUCUUAACAUUAUUUCCUGCUAUGGGUGGUCCUUAUUGAGAAAAUGGAGAAUAAACAUUGAUGUAAUCUGUUGAAAUAGAAAUAAUGGCUAAUUCUCUACAAAAAAAUUUGCCAUGUAUAAAAUGCCUUAUGAAGAAUGGCUUCUCUGCCAAAAAUAUAACACUAAUGAUGACCAAUUAAGUUUUGGUGGAGUAAUAAAUUGUUUGAAAAAAGUAAGAAGUUAUUAAAAGGUGCUUGAGGGUGAACUUUGAAUAUACGAAUAUAUUUCCUCAGAACUGUAAGCCCUUAAUACAUGCUUCAGUGAAAUGUUCCUUUUGUUCACAGUAACGUUAUGUAGUGCUAGCGGGAUAUUUAAAAAUGCUCUAAGAAAAGCUUGUUGGGGGGAGGGGGAGUGUUUUCUUGUGAUAAAUGAACUUUGGUUACCAAGGGUAUUUUGCAUGAUGCUGCUGCUAUUUUAAAUUUUGAUUUGUUUUUCUCUUACUGUAGAGUGUAGUCCACUGAAAAGUUAACUGAGUGACAUUAUUGUUAUGUAGGAAUCGGAACCUUGCAGUGUAAUGCACUUAAGUCAUCUUUAAAAAUGUUGUUAAACUACUCUGAAUAUACUGUGCAAUGUAAAUGCUGGAUGAUUGGGUCAGUAAAUGGUGAAAGGGAAACUAAUGAAUUUUAUACAGAUUCGUGCUCUAGCUCGAAAACCUAUGUACAGAUAUUUUAAGAACAUAAAUCAGAUUUGACACAUUUAUUUUUUGAAAAGUACAUGUUCUCGAUGAAGGUUCACCCUAGGUUUCCUCUUUGUUCGUUUGAAUAGUAGCACAUAUGCCCCCCAAAAUCCCGCCACUUUGGCUUUCGUCCCUCCGUUUUAAAUGGUCUGAUCUAUCACUUGACCAAAAUUUCCUUGCAGUCUGAUGAGGGUUCUACAGUAAUCUAGACAAAUAGGAAACCUUGAAUCUGUGUGUUUGCACAUUAAUACUUGAUUGUGUAUAAUCAAAAUUGUUUUUAUACAACCUCAUUGGUGAAAAUGAUUUAUGUAGUAAAUCAGAUAUUACAUUACAUAGUAGUAGUGCAGAAUAUUAUUUAUGCUUUUAAAAUUAUUUUCAGGUGUAAACAGUAUUUAAAGAAAGGGUACAAACAAUGAAUUUGUAACUAGUUACAGUAAUUCUGCUGAAGGCUGGCAGUACGCAUAUAUUUUUUAUGGUAAAAUGAAUUUGCUCUUUUUCUGAACAUGCCAAUACUGGUAUGUCUAUAUGCUGGAAAUUUUCUUAUAAUUUUUAAGUCAAAAUCUUAUUAACAUCCAGCAUGCUUUAAAUAUUCCACAUAUCAAAGAUAUAACCAAUUCUUUAGCAUCAUUUAAAAGAUGUAUUUGUUUUGUUUUUUUAGCUUUGCAUACAUUUUUAAUUCCCUUCCACCACUAAUAUACCCUAGGUACCAUUUGUGUACAUUACUUAUUUAAAAUAUUUUUUUAUUUAAAAGUGGGGGGAGGGGAAAUGGAAUCACUUUGCCAACUAUUCUGAGUUGACAAUCAGUUACCAUUUCUAAUGCAUUGCUGUGAUUUUGUAGUCUCAUUUGUAACUGGUUGACAUUUUAGAAAACACCAAAGUGAUUUAAAAAAUACAGAAUUUCUCACUCUAGUAACAAUAUGUUUAAAUCAUGUUGUUUGUUAAUGAAAUAUUUAAAAUUUAUUGUUAACUUUGCUAGACUAUUUUAAAUCAUGAAAGUGUUGGGAAGGGGAUAUCAAAGUAUAAAAUGUUAGUUUGUGUAUAUAAAUGAUGCAUAUUAAAACAACUGACUUGCUUCCAGCAUACAACAAACUACCUUAAAAUUAUCCAAAAGAUCUAUUGAUAUAUUUUCAUGGCUAAUAUCACUGAAAUAGUAUGUUUUCAUCAACUACAUUAUUGUUGUAUUAAUCACAGUUAAACUUGGCAUCUCUUGGCAGGGUCCUAUUUAAUUCAUUUGCCAUCAAAAUAUAUUUAUAUGCACGAGUCUUGCUAUGAUCCUUUAUUUUCUGUUAUAAGCUUAUAUGACAACCACGUACAUGGUCAUAAAUUGGGUAAGAAAGUGCUAACUAAAAAUUGAUCUCAUGCCUAAUGCUAGUCUUCAUGCUUUUGGCAUGCUUUUUUUAAAGACAGUAACACUCAUCCCAUCCAAUUGUUAUAGUUAUUUAGGAUUUUUCUGUGAGUUCUAAUUGUUGACAAGAACUUAAAUUAUAGCCUGUUAUAAAUAAUUGAAUUUCAAAGACUAAACAGUACAAGAGAUCAAGAAAAAAGCUCUUAAAACUCUUUUCACUUACUUAAUUUUUGCUGUACUCAUGAAACUUGAUGUAGUUUUGUCACUAAAACAAAAUCAGAUUAAGUCUUGCAUUGGUGUUGAGUAAUAGGAAUUAAUUUUGCAUUACUGGUUUCUUUAUAUUUUCUUUGUUUGAACAACCAGCAUUACUGCCAAACACCAGUCGUGGUCCAUAUUUGUAACAGGUUUUUAACAUGACAUAGUUAGCAAGUUUGAUUGAAGAGAUUUUUAGGUCCUGGGCCUAUAAGAUUUUAGUAUGAUCUUUUUUCAUGUUUCUAAUGCUUGAGGCGUUAUUGCUUAACUUGGAAAAAAUAAAACAGUGUUGCUGCCAUUUGUAAGUUUUCCUAUAAUAUUCCUUUUAUUAACUUUAAAACUGGCCUUACUGGGUUCAAAUAGGCAGUAUCCCUUUUAAGUGACCUUUGCAACCCAAGUGUUACUUGCUUAUUUGAUGCUCUUGUCUUUUACAUCUCAUUUAAACCUUUCUCUCCACCAAAGCUUAAAUUCUAUGUCUUACUUUAAAACUCUGAACUAUUCCAUUAAUCAUGGUAGUUGACAUUACAAUGUUUAGAGAUUAAAAGGUUUGACCUAGUGAAACAAAAUGAAUGUUGUGACUUUUUUUAACGUGUAGAAUAUAGUGGUUACUUCACUUGCCCACAAUUUCAAAUAUCUAAAUCUUGUGUUUUCUUCCCAUAGCAGGAUGCUAAUAUUCUGUGUACAUUUCUGUAAAGAGUACAUCAACAAAACAAAAGUAUCAAGUAUUGAAAAUAUUCCAGAAUUUCAGAGGUAGACAAUCCUUACUGAUAGUUUCAUCUCCCUUAUUUCUAGCUCACAUAGUUAACCCAAAGGAAUUCCUGAGACUGAUGGGAUAUACUGUCUUGAGUAGAUGCCAGUUGAGUUUACAGUGUGACCUGACAAAGCUAUCUUUUGUUGUGCUGUAUGAUUGCUGGAUCAUGCUUUUAGGGGUACUUUUAUUGAAAUGCUCUGUGUGCAUCCAUGCAAAAGGCCAAGUGGCUUUGUGAACAAAAAUCUUUUCUCCCCUUUGUUAUGUUCUCUUGACACUUUUGUGGAAAUUAACUAGCCUGAUAAAAACAUUUUGUAAAAAAUUUGUAUAAUACUGUUAUAAAAAGAUUUAUAAUCCCCAAAAUGUUGUGUUAAAUCUUGUGCAAAAACAGUAUAUUCAGAAUAAAAGUUUAUCAUUUAAAGUCA